GCUCGGGUCCUUUGCAGCGUCGCUGCGAUGGCUCCCGCGAAGAAGGGCGGCGAGAAGAAGAAGGGACGCUCUGCCAUCAACGAGGUGGUGACUCGGGAGUACACCAUCAACAUCCACAAGAGGAUCCAUGGCGUGGGCUUCAAGAAACGAGCACCUCGUGCCCUCAAGGAGAUCCGGAAGUUCGCCAUGAAGGAGAUGGGAACGCCUGACGUUCGCAUUGACACCAGGCUGAACAAAGCAGUCUGGGCUAAAGGAAUAAGGAACGUUCCUUACCGGAUCCGUGUGCGUCUGUCCAGAAAGCGCAACGAGGACGAGGACUCACCAAACAAGCUGUACACACUGGUCACCUACGUACCAGUCACGACCUUCAAAGGUCUACAGACAGUCAAUGUGGAUGAAAAUUAAUCUGGUUUUACUUAAAAUAA